UCAGUCAGUCGUGAACCUGGUGUUACAUACAUUCAGCGCUCAUUUCUGUGAUUGUGGCUAUAAUGGAAGUGUUUCUUCAGCAGAUUUCCAGCACAGGUGUAAUACUUGCUGCUGUGUUGUUGUUUUUGCUUAUGUAUUUAUUUUCCAUCGGCUCCAGCUCUCAAAAUAAAGAAAAAGAGCCUCCAGGUCCCAAACCAUUACCACUGCUGGGAAACCUGCUCAUGCUGGACCUGAAGCAAACCCACGUGAGUCUCACCAAGCUGUCAAAACAAUAUGGGUCAGUUUUCAAGGUGUACUUUGGCCCCAAAAAGGUCAUAGUAUUGGCAGGAUACAAGGCUGUCAAACAGGCACUCGUGAACCUUUCAGAGGAGUUUGGAGACAGAGAUAUCACCCCUAUAUUUCAUGAUUUUAAUCAGGGAAUGGGGAUUGUGUUUUCCAAUGGUGACAACUGGAAAGAAAUGAGACGAUUUGCUCUCUCAAACCUACGAGACUUUGGAAUGGGCAAGAGAAAAAUUGAGGAGAAAAUCAUUGAGGAAUCUCAGUUUUUAAAAGAAAACAUUGAGACGUUUAAAGGAAAAGCGUUUGAUUCAUCACAGCCCAUGGGUUUUGCUGUAUCAAAUAUCAUCUUUUCCAUUGUCUAUGGCAACAGAUUUGAUUACAGCGACUCUCGCUUACAUGAAAUGCUGAAUAGCGCUUAUGAAAACAUGAAAAUAACAGGUUCAGCUUCAAUUCAGCUUUAUAACUUGUACCCUUGGCUUCGACCUUUUGUGAAGAAUCAGCAGCGUAUCAUAAACAACCUCCAGGGGAACUACAAAAAAAGUGACAAAAUAUUACACAACCUCAAGAAGACUUUAAACCCUCAGGAACCCAGAGGAUUUGCUGAGUCUUUCCUUAUACGGCAACAACAGGGCAAGGACUCUGGAGAAACUGGGAGUUUUUUCCAUAUGAAGAAUCUGUUUUAUACAAUAAACAACCUGUUUGCUGCUGGUACCGACACUACGGCUACAACACUACGCUGGAGUCUUCUGCUAAUAACUAAAUAUCCUGAAAUACAAGCCAAGGUCCAGGAGGAGAUUGACAGUGUGAUCGGUGGACGACAGCCUGUGGUGGAUGACAGAAAGAAUUUGCAUUACACAGAUGCUGUGAUCCAUGAAGUACAGAGAUUUGCCAGCAUAUUUCCCAUAAGUGUCCCCCGCAAGACCACCUGUGACGUUCAUCUUAAUGGAUACUUCAUCAGGAAGGGCACCACUGUGUACCCAUUUUUGACAUCUGUGUUGAAAGAUGAAAGCGAGUGGGAGACGCCCCACACCUUCAAUCCAGGACACUUUCUGAAUGAGGAGGGACACUUUAUCAAACGAGACGCUUUCUUACCCUUCUCUGCAGGCCGCAGAGUUUGUCUAGGGGAGGGUUUGGCCCGUAUGGAGCUCUUUCUCUUCUUCACUUCUCUUCUUCAGUAUUUUCAUUUCACUCCUCCUCCUGGAGUCUCUGAAGAUGAAUUGGAUCUCACUCCAGUUGUGGGCUUCACACUGAAUCCAUCACCACACAAACUGUGUGCAGUCAAACGGUUUUGAUUUCUGUGUUCUGCAAAUUGACUCAAAGGGGGUGGAGGUGAAUACUGCCAAACAAUAAGACAGUGGUUCUCAAACUGGGGGCCAUGAGAUGGUGCCAGGGGGGGGCAGUUUAACAACAUUUUAUAAAAUACCUUAAUUUAUCAUGAAUUCUGUGUAAUUAAACCUAAAAAAAUAAGGCUACAAACCAACAGCACUGCUUUGUAUAAUUUAAUGUUUUGUUUUAGAACUGUUUUUUUGUCAUACAUUUUCUUUGAGGGGGCUGCGGAGGAAUGCACUGUAUACAAGGAGGGCCGCACGCUGAAAAAGUUUGAGAACCACUGCAAUAAGAGAUCUUGAACUUGGGGGAGGGGGCAAAACAUUCAGGGCUAUAAGUGUAUUUUGUAUAUUUAAAUUAAAAAUAUCAAGUUUCUGAUUAUUGGGGAGGAGAUGUCCCCCUCAGUGUCUAUUGUGGUUAUGGCCCUGCUAUACAAAGUAAAUCAUUAUACAAAUAUUCGAAUGUUCUUAUGAUCAUUAUUGUUCUGCAAUACCAUUUAAGCAAUGCAAUAAAUAUGUUUGUCUUGUAA